CGCGCCCGCGCCGCACUACUUCCGGGCUGCGAAAGAUGGCGGCUUCCUAGCCAGCGCUCGACUGAGUUGGAGGGAGGCUCCGGCUACGACACCCUCUAGACAGCCCACUGUCCCCUGGAGGAACCCAGAGGGGAGGAACCUGGCUUCCCCCAACCCUACUCCAUCCAGCCACUCAGGGGCCAUGGAGGUGGCAGAGCCCAGCAGCCCCACUGAGGAAGAGGAGGAAGAGGAGGAGGAAGAGGAAGAGGAAGAGUCUGCGGAGCCCAGGCCCCGUACACGCUCCAAUCCUGAGGGGGCUGAGGACCGGGCACUGGGGGCCCAGGCCAGCGUGGGCAGCCGCAGCGAGGGUGAGGGUGAGGCGGCCAGUGCUGACGAUGGGACUCCCAAUCCUCCCGGAGCUGGCCCCAAGCCCUGGCAGGUGCCCCCAACAGCCCCCGAAGUCCAGGUGCGGACGCCAAGGGUCAACUGUCCAGAGAAGGUGAUCAUCUGCCUGGACCUGUCAGAAGAAAUGUCGCUGUCAAAGCUGGAGUCCUUCAAUGGCUCCAAAACCAACGCCCUCAACGUCUCCCAGAAGAUGAUUGAGAUGUUUGUGCGGACAAAACACAAGAUCGACAAGAGUCACGAAUUCGCACUGGUGGUGGUGAAUGAUGACAUCGCCUGGCUGUCCGGCCUGACCUCUGAUCCCCGCGAACUCUGCAGUUGCCUCUAUGACCUAGAGACGGCUUCCUGCUCCACCUUUGAUCUGGAAGGUCUCUUCAGCCUCAUCCAGCAGAAGACUGAGCUGCCAGUCACGGAGAAUGUGCAGACAAUUCCGCCCCCAUACGUGGUCCGCACCAUCCUGGUCUAUAGCCGUCCGCCCUGCCAGCCCCAGUUCUCCCUGACGGAGCCCAUGAAGAAAAUGUUCCAGUGCCCGUAUUUCUUCUUCGAUGUUGUUUACAUCCACAAUGGCGCCGACGAGAAAGAGGAGGAAAUGAGCUGGAAGGACAUGUUUGCCUUCAUGGGCAGCCUGGAUACCAAGGGGACCAGCUACAAGUAUGAGGUGGCACUGGCUGGGCCAGCCCUUGAGCUGCACAACUGUAUGGCUAAGCUGCUGGCUCACCCACUGCAGCGGCCCUGCCAGAGUCACGCCUCCUACAGCCUGCUGGAGGAGGACGAUGAAGCCACUGAGGUUGAAGCCACUGUCUGAACCAUCCCCGUGCCUCUCAGCCUUCCUGUGCAGCGAAACCCUUGGCUUGGAGAAUGGUUCUCAAACCAGGCUCUGUGGCACCCUGAUGGGGAGGGUUCCAGGAGGCUCCCGGGGCACCUGGGGGCCCUGGCAAGAAACUCAAGAUUCCAGGAAGCAUCCCAGGGACCCUGGGCACCCAUUCCCGGUGUUUUCCAGCCCACAUCCCGUCGCCAGUUUGUGAACUGUAAUUUUUUGUUCUUCUUUGUGUGUUUUGAUCAUCAAAGUAAAGAUCUGAGAAUCCCUAA